UUAAAAUAAGUGUCAGUAGAAAACACACAGUUGAAGAGCUCCAGCAGCGGCGGACAAUGCUGUAUAGUUCUCUGCGGUACUGACCGGAUUAAUUACACUCAACAGACAUGAGUAGAUCUAACGCAAUGUCUAAAGCUGACCUGAUAGCGGCUAUAUCGGUCACUGCUGGAGCUGCAGCUGUGGGACUCCUGGUCUACAAAACCUUUUUCUCCAAAGGCAAAUGUGUGAAACCAAAGGUGAACCUGGACAUCCAGAAAGACAACCCCAAAGUGGUGCAUGCCUUUGAUAUUGAGGAUCUUGGUGAUAAAGCUGUGUACUGUAGAUGCUGGAGGUCUAAAAAGUUCCCAUACUGUGAUGGUGCUCAUGCAAAACACAAUCAGGAGACAGGCGACAACGUGGGCCCACUGAUUAUAAAGCACAAGGAGGCAUGAGUGAAAAUGUUCAUAUCCUCAGGGUUGCCGCUGUUCAUGGAUGCACAUUAGUGUCAUGGCCAUUAAAGGUGGUGUGAUCAGUAUAUAUUUGCCUCACAUGUUCAGCUGAACUAAUGAUUUUUGAUUCUCUGUGUGUCUGAGUGUCUGUCUGAUACAAGGUCUUCAUUACUCUGGUGUUAUCUAAUGGACCUAUUGUCUACUCUCUUCUUCGUCAAACUUGGAGUAGUUUUAUACAUACAGUAAAUAUCAAUGUAUGAAAUUUGUUUUUUGUUUUUCCCUGAACAGUUACAUUCUAUAUUUUGAAUUCCUAUAUUCAUGUUUGAGAGUGUACAAGCAUUUCUUUAACCAACAGGAUGAGAGGUUUGGUUAUAUGUUACUAUAAAUGUUGUGGACAAACGCACUUAAUGGAGAACUUUAGACUGUGGUGUACAUUGCUGCUGGGAGCAGGAAACAAAAUAUUAAACCACUAGUGAAGACCAAAAGCUAGAAUUUCUUCUAGAUUUUAGCAUGAACAAAAAUUAAAUAAAAAAUUAGCUUUAAAAAAAGACUGAAUUAACUUCACACACUAAUCACAAAAGGACAUUUAAAAUCAUCAAGAUUAAGAAAGUGAAAAUCAGAUCAGAUUUGUUUCCUUUUGCUGCAUGAUCAACAUUUUCUGUUACUGAGAUUUGACACUGGUAAAUCGGAGUGUUUUGAUGUUGGUACUGGUAUUUUGAUUAUGAUGGCUGUACAUAUACAAAAUAUGUUGAUUAUGAUGUCUCAGAAAAAAGCCUAGCAUAUAUGUGAAUUGCCUUUUUAAUGUUUAAUAGUCUUUCCAGCUGGUAAUGCAAUAAAAGUAAAUAUCGGCUAGUCCAGCUCGUGAACAAAAGUUGCCAAUUAACCUACGCAUGAGUAGGGAUGGUAGUUAGAAAUAAAAAAGUGCUCUAGAAAGGCUGUGCAAUACAACCUAUUUGUGUGGGGAAUAAUCACUACUACUUCUACUACUACUAUAAAUGAACUGACUGAUGCUUGACUUUUUUUGACAGAAGUGAUUGUAUGAUGUUUGACAGGUUGUGUACUUACCUGUAAACUACAGUUAAAUCCAGUUCAUUUUUUAUUAUUUGGUGGUACUGUGUAUACUAGUACUACUUGCAUAGCCUGCCAUUACUGCAGUCUUUCUUUUAUUUCUCACACAGUUGGUAAGCUGCAUCCUAAAUACCUCCAUAUGACAUUAAUGCUUUUAUUUUGUUAUUGCCUUUGUCAACAAUAAAUCUGUCAUUUCUGUG